GUGGAAUUCCCUGCUAGGAUAACAAAUACAACUGUAUACAUUCAAUAUUUUAAAUUCCCAAGCUUACCAAGAAAGAAACCCCACGAACACAAGGAGGAAGCAGAAUGAUUUCCGGGAUCGCACAUGUUAAUCUAUUAGUUCCACAAGGAACCCUCGACGAGGCGGAAGAAUUCUAUAGUGGGGUAUUGGGGUUUACAAGAGUGGCUGUUCCAGCGUUACAAAAGGAUGGACUUGCAUGGUAAGCCGAUUGCUCCCUUCUCCUUUUUCGAUAUGUUGAUAAAACUGGUUGAAGUGAUGUGUAAUCAGAGCUAAUGCUUGCUGUGAAGGUUCGAUAUUACACCUGGCGGACAACAAGUCCAUAUUGCUUUUGGAGUCAAUGAUUUAAAUUCCUCAAGACAUCCUUGUUUUAAGGUUGGCUCUCAGGAAUCACUUGCGGCUUUGCAGCAGAAGGUUUGGGAUUGCCAUGUUGGUGGGACCAAAGCUGCUGCUCAACAGGCUGAUAAACCCGGAGAGUUGAAUUCUGGUAUGUGAAUCCGAGUUGAUGAGUUCUUUGAAUGUAAAAAAUAAUAUCGCCUUAUUAGGCGAAGAUGCAAGAAGAGAAUAUCGAAUGCAACUCAACACUCUGAUUUACGCUAAUGCUGUUUUCUGAAUAGGAGCCAAGGGCAUUGAGUAUCCCACUAGAUUUUUUGCAAGAGAUUAUGCCGGGAAUCGACUUGAGUUUAGUUUGUGAGAAGUGAUUCAGAGAUGGGACGGAACGGGAUUUUCCAUUACAAGUCCGAUGAUUCUAUCUAAAGUCAAGAGAGAGACAGAGAAGGAUCACACAUCAGGUAGUGAAUCAAACCCAGGGUGGGAGAAAUCCCUGCGCAAUAACUAAGCUCGUCUAUUCUUGAAUUGUUAUUGGCCGUCUCUUGUGUUUAUUGG